UGCCCGGUUUGCACUUGUCAGAAGGGCACCGACCUCGGUGCUUACGAGUCCUGUACUGCAUUAAUUAAUCAUACAAACGUGUUAUUCUGACAAAUGUAGACAACAUGGAGGAUUCCUACCCGUUCCCAGUCUUCUUCGAGUGUGACACUCUGAGGGAAGAACACAAGAACAAGAUUGCGAAGUAUUUUCAAAUUCGCCGUAAAUCUGGAGGAGGAGACUGCGGACCUGUGACAAACAUCGGCGAUAAAGUUUACAGCAUCGCUUUCAGGGAAGAAGAUGCUCAGCAGAGGGUCCUACAGAAAUCCGAACAUGAGCUGGAGCUUGCUGGUGUUCCUUUAAAGCUGAUAGUCCGAAGCAACCCAGCAUCAAGGGGAAAGCCGAUGAGCCCUACAGUGGACUUGUCUCUAUCACAGCAGUUUCAGAAGUUGACCCUUACUUCAAGCUCUCCAAGUGUUGAAGUACAUGAACUACAUCUGGAAAAAUACCUCCUUCGUUACCUAAAAGAAUGCCCCAAAGCGAAUAAACAACUAGAGGAAGAACUCACCUCUGUUUCCUGCACUGCCCAGCUUUUCCCAGAGGAGGGUAAGGUGUUAGUCAGGAGUUCAGCUCAACCUACUGCUGCUCAUGACGUUGCAGACUGGAAAGCUGAGGCAGUCAAAGUCUUCGAUGGCUAUAGCUACUACUAUGAGGGUGAUAUUCACAAAGUUAAGGCUUUGUGUCAGUCCUACAGCUCCCUUCAGACCACAGCUGACGUGAAGGUUUACACCGAGGGUGGCAUGGCUGUUGUCGUUGGGAAGUGCUCUCAUGUGAAUGCCAUGGUAAAGGAUGCAGGGGACGUACAUAAACAAGGGACACGUUCGAGUAAGAAGCAAAGAAACAUUUGCAGACUAGGUAAGGCCAAAGUCGGCCUCCUGUGGGAAAUGAUUGAGCACAGUUUGGGACAAGAUUUACCACAAGUGAAGGUCACUCAGGGGGAUGUUGGUCAGAUAGUUUUAGAAGGUUCUUUGGAGGAAAUCCUCAAGGCUAAAGAGUUCAUUGCAAAUAUUGAGAAAAUGGUGUUACAAAGGACAGUUUCUGACAUGAGCCCACAUCUUUUGGCCUUUCUGAGGAAGGCUUAUGCUGAACCAGGGAUGCUAGUGGACUUCUUAGGUGUUGGAGACAAAGUGGAAGUAGAGUUAGGAGACGCAGAGCUACGAAUCUUCACACUUUCUGGUGAUAAACUGGGUGAUAUUGAAAAAAAGCUGCAUGAAAAGUUCAAGGAAGAUAACAUUUAUAUCCCUAACUGUGCUACUGUGCCACUUGAGCUUCAAGAGCAGCUGAGACGCAAGGCUACCGAGAUGAACAAAGGGCAAUGUAGGGCUCAAGUUACUAUUGGCUUAGACAACAAGUUGUGCUUGUUGGGCCACAUAAAAGAGUUUGAAGAGCUUAGUGAAGUUGUACAUGAGUUCAUUUUGGACCAGUCAUGCAUUGAAGGCACAAUCUUUCUCCCCUUCCCAGAGUUAGUACGAGAUUUAUCAGAACUACUGCAGCUGCACAAGUUUGAUUAUUCAGGGAUUACCAUCCAACCUUUGACAAAUUCCUUUCAGCCUGCGGUUGUGCUGGGGGGCCCAUCAGGGAAAGUGACAGAGGUUAGGAACCAGCUGGGUCCAUUUCUGGACUCUCUUAGUCAAGACAGAGUCACCAUUGAUAUGCCAGGGGCAGGGAGGUAUUUCCAAAGUCCCUUUGGAAGAGAGACCCUUUUAAGUGCUGCUUACUCUCAAAAGUGUCUCAUACAGCUUCCAGAACAACUACGAAGCUCUAGACAGGAUUUUGCGUCCGGUACUGUUGCUACUUACAGCCUUUGUGGUGGGCUCAAGGUGCUUGUAUGUCAGGGUGACAUCACCAAACAGGAAGCUGACGCCAUUGUGAAUGCUGCCAAUGAAAGGCUUGACCAUGGUGGAGGGGUUGCUGGUGCACUGAGCAAGGCAGGCGGCCCUUUGGUGCAGAAGGAGAGCACUUUAAUAGUCAGACAAACUGGGAAAAUUCCUACAGGUGAAGUGGUAGUCACCACAGGUGGGGACUUGAAGUGCAAGAAGUUGCUGCAUGCUGUUGGACCGACAGCUGGAAAAUCAGGUGGAAGAGAAAGAGCAUUACUGGAAAAAGCAGUCCUGUCUGCUCUGGGCUUAGCAGAGCUGAUGGAUUUCAGGUCUAUAGCCAUGCCUUGUAUUAGCUCAGGUAUAUUCGGUGUUCCUGUCCCUGUGUGCUCAGAGGCUAUCGUUACUGCUGUGAAAAAAUUUGGCAGUGAGGAAGGCAGAAGUUUGAACAGAAUUGUUCUGAUUGAUAACAGGGACGAAGUUGUCAGGGCAAUGCAGGAAGCAUGUGACAGGCUUCUCCAAGGCCAAGAUGUAAGUGGUGGGGAAUUCCAGAGGAAUCAGUCUGCUCAAGAUGAAGUCAGAGGAGCUACUGCUGCACUUCCUGGAGAUGGUGUCAAAGUACAGAUCAUCCAGGGAACCAUAGAGAGCCAGCAGGCGGAUUAUCUGGUCUGUCCUAUGUCUGGCCAUGACCCUCUCUCUACCCGAGUUGGACACUGUUUUUCCAAAUUGGUUGGACCUCAGCUGACUGCGAAGUUUUACCAUGAAUCAGGAGGAGCCACAUUGCCUGGUGCCACAGUUUUAGUGGAAGACUUGCCUGGACUCCUAUCUAAAGGAGUUAUUUUCAUCAACCUCUUUCCCUGGGAUAAUAACCGUGGAACCGCAGUCCAGGUUCUGAGGCAGGCCAUUAAAAAGAUCCUGGCGACCUGUGGAAUCAGAGGCUGUAGUUCAGUUGCUCUACCAGUGCUGGGGACUGGGGCUGUCCUGGGUUUUCCUCACAGCGUGGCAGCCAAGGUUUUACUGGAGGAGAUCCAAGAAUUUGAACAGAAUCGAAUCAGCAGCAGUUCAUUCCUCAUCCGGACUGUCAUUCACUCCAGUGACAAAGAGUCGAGCAAGGCCUUCCAGUCCGCCCAGGAAAAGCUGCACCUCAGAGGAUUCACAAAUGAUGCUAAUCCAAACCAAGCUUCCUUCUACCGCCACGUUGCUGUAUCUGAUGAUGAGGUCACAGCCAUGCUGGGCGGAGUCAAGCUGCAGAUGGUCAAUGGUGACAUCACUCGUGAGGUGACUGAUGUCAUUGUCAACACAACCGACUUCUCCAACCAAUCAGGUGUGUCUAAAGCCAUUGUGACUGCUGCUGGUCCUGCUGUUCAAGCAGAGUUAGCCAGAGUGGGCAUCCCACCAGAACGUUAUUGCAGCACAGGACCUGGAUUCCUUGGCUGUACAGAAAUCAUUCAUGCUAGUUUUUUUGCCAACCCGGAGGUGAUUCGCAAGAAUUGCAAGAACAUACUGAAGCAUUGUGAGAGCAAAGGCUACAGCUCAGCCUCUUUCCCAGCUAUAAAUACAGGUGCAGCUGGUGUGGACUUCACCAAAGCUUGUAAAGCCAUGCUGGAUGGCAUGACCUCAUCUAUUACAGAGUUAAAGCCAAAAUCUCUCUCACUCAUCCGCAUCGUCAUUCUGGAACAACCUGUCUUUCAGGCAUUCAGAUCAGAGCUGGAGAGACGCUUUGGACUCACAGCCAAUCGCCACCUCAGUAUGAGAGAAAAAGCAGGAUUAAUGCUUGCGAAGUGGCAAAACAAGAAAUCAAGAACCUCUACAGCUUCAGCUUCUGAAGACAAAACCUUCCACUCCUUUAAGCCGCCUCCUGCUGUGAUAAGUGUGAUCAGCUGUGGCGGUCCAGACACCAUCAGAACCAUCAAGAGAGAUCUGGAAGGAGUCCUGCAGAAGCAGCUUGUGGAGAGAGAUGUUGAUGUGCAUGAUUUUUCCAGGCUUGAACCCAUGGAACUGGAGGCAGUGCAGAGCAAAGUCAGAGCCUUAGGAUUAAGCCUAGAGUAUCGUAGACGUCAAGGAUCUGAAGGGUUGGAUGGAAACAGAGCCGGAAACGCAGCCAGAGCUGAAACUCGAGACCGUUCAGGUUCAGGAAGAGAGGUCUAUGUCCUGAGAGGUCUAAAAGAAGAUGUUUUGACCGUCAUUGAGCUCAUUAACAGAGCCAUCCAAAAAGCACUCUCUGAAGAUCUCCAAGAUAAAGAAGAAGCGAUGUUGGCUCUUGAUGUCCAGUGGUCCAUUCAGGACAAGAAUGAAACCUGGAAGGAGCUGAGUCUGCAUGACAACUAUGUACUGGAGCAGGCUCACUUGAAUCAACAGGUGUCAGAAGAAGUAACAGGACCAGAAGGCAUGAAAGUCAGAGUAAACCUGAUGACAAGAGAUGCCACAGACUGGAUCACAGGAACCACCUAUAAAGUGAAAAGAUCUAAGACUGAAGCACCAUUAGAGUUGCCACCAAACUGGGAGCCGAUGGAAAACGAACUUUUUAAAAAGGUGGAGCUGAAGCCAACCUCACAAGAGUACCAGAUUGUAGCCCAAGGCUUCCUCAGGACAGCUAAAUUCAACAUUUGCAAAAUCGAACGUGUGCAGAACUAUUACCUGUGGCACGCCUACUCCGUGUGUCGGCAGCGUAUAUUUGCCAAGAACGGUCUAACAGAGCUUGGAGAGAUGUCUCUUUACCACGGCACAAAAGCAGAGUCAUGCAACUGCAUCGAGAGAGACAAGUUUGACCGGGGCUACGCAGGGACAAAUGCUGCAGCGUAUGGAAAGGGAGUUUACUUCGCAGUCAAUGCAAACUAUUCAGCUUCUCGGUUUUCGCCUGCAGACACAUCAGGCCUAAAGCGAUUGUACGUUGCUCGAGUCCUGACCGGCCGUUACACAGUCGGUAAUUCUUCCAUGAAAGCUGCCCCGCCUCGGGCCUCAGACCCCACCGACUGCUAUGACAGUGUGGUGGACAACCAGAAGACACCCUCCAUGUUUGUGAUCUUUCACGAUGACCAGGCCUACCCAGAGUACCUCAUCACUUUCAGAUAAAGACACGGUUGUGUACUGGGCCAGUCAGAAUGAUCAAUGUUUGUAAAAAUCUGGUGUUUCAAAACCAACUUUAAAUUUCCUUUUAUGGCACUUGACCCAUUUUUCAGGAGGAAAAGUUGGGUGACCUUUAUUUCUAUCAAAUCCUGCUUUUAUUCUUGAAGAUUAAACUGAAAUAAAACCUCCAUUUAUAUGUUUUACUUUACAUUUGAUAUCUCUGAGCAGUGAUGAAGUAUAUUAAAAUGUCAAAACUAGUAAAUUUAGCUUUUUUAAGUGGCUUCAUCAUUUAUUUAAGCAAAAAAACCUCUUUGAGAUUAUAUAUUUAUCAACCUUAAAAUGAAGUUCUAUUAUAAUACAGUUCCAGUACAUUUCUUUAUUAUACUGUCUACAUCUUUAAAGUCUGUUUUAAUCAAAAGGUAGAGAUUUUCAUAUUGUGUAAAUGACAAGAUAAAUAGUGGACAGAAAUUGAAGAUUCCAAAAGUAGAGUCAACAUUAAAGAUCCAUUGGUAAAACAUUUUGCUCCUUUCUUAAUCAUUAAAAUGUAGGCUAAUUAUGCUUGCUAGAAGCACAGUACAAAUAAGAUAAAGUAUUUCUGUCAGCAACAUUUUCCUAAGUUAAAGGAGCUAUUAUAUACAUGUGUCAGUAUUGAUUUUUAAACUGUAUUUCUAGUUCCAUUAUAAUCUUGUCAUUUUAAUUUCCUUGCAUUUCCUGUGUUUCUCUAUUAUCUUCCCCUUAUACUUUUCUGUUUUUAACUGUCAUUAAGAACCCCUGUGUUGUCAUUCUUUUUGUUUCUUAAUGUCAUUUGGUCCCCCUGGUCUGCUUGCUCUCAUUGGUUGUUGAGGAUAUGCUGUCAGAGGCAUUAGGAUGUAGUAUUGUAAAUGUGUUCAGUGUUUGAUUCCAAAUACUGAGCAUGUUAUUUACAAUUCUAGGUCCCAAAUCAGUGGGCAUUGGGAUAGUUUGCAGCUUAGUGCAAAGCAGUCAGAAUGAGAGUCAGCCCCUCCAAGUCCGAGGCCAUGGCUCUCUGCUGGAAAAUGGUGGAUUGCGCUCUUGGGGUGGGGAGUGAGUCUGCCUCAGGUGAAGGACUUCAAGUAUCUUGAGGUUUUGUUCAUGAGUGAAGGUAGAAGAGAGUGUGAGAUUGACAGGCGGUAGCACUAGCGGUAAUUAGGGCGUUGUGAAGAGGCAGCUGAGCUGAAAGGCAAAGCUGGGAGGAGACCUUGGGAACACCCAGAAUCCACUGCGGUCUUUUUUGUUUGACAUUUUUGGGGUAAUAUUUAAAUGAUCUUAUAUAAAUAAUUCAUUGUAUAAGUAAUUGUAGCAUAACAUUUGACACGACUUAACUAAAAGUUUAAAUGUGACUCAGCCUCUGAUUAUGUAACUGAAAA